AUGGCGUCUAGACCAAUGGAAGAAGUCCCUAUUAUGCAACAACCCACAAAAGGUCCUACAGAAGGUCCUGAUGAAGAUGCACUUCGAUUUAUGAAAUUGCUUGAAAAUGCUAAUCAACCUUGUUAUGAAGGUUGUAAGCAUUUUAGCAAAUUGUCAGCCAUUGUGCAUUUGUACCACAUGAAGUGUCUUCAUGGUUGGACCAACAAAUCAUUUACCAUGUUGCUGCAAUUUUUGCUUGAUUUUCUUCCUUCAAAUGCUAAGUUGCCAAAAGAUUGUUAUGAGGCUAGGAAGAUUAUUAAGGAUUUGGGGUGGAGCUAUGAGAAGAUUCAUGCUUGUCCUAAAGAUUGUAUUUUAUAUUGGAAGGAGAAUGCCAAUCUUGAAGCUUGUCCGAACUAUAACCGUUUAAGAUGGAAAAGUAAUGAGUCUAAAGCCAAUCAUAUGAAGUGGCAUGCCAAAGGUCAUGCAAAUCACAAGUUACUGAGGCAUCCUACUGAUUCUGAAGCUUGGAAAUCAUUUGACUCUAAGUACAUAAAGUUCUCAUCCGAGCCUCGUAAUGUGAGGCUUCGAUUAGCAGCCGAUGGAUUCAACUCAUAUGGAAAUAUGAGUAGUACUCAUAGUUGGAGUACCAAAGGUACUCUUGCAUGUCCCCCUAGUAACUAUGAUAGUCAGUCUCGUUGGUUGAAAUAUGGAAGGAUAUUUAGUUACAUUGGACAUAGGCGAUUCUUGGAUAAUGAUCAUAAAUUCUGUAAGCAAAAACAAUCAUUUGAUGGGCAUGUUGAUAUGAGAUCAGCUCCUAUUAUGAAUAUAGUCGAUUAUAUAAUUGGCAUAUUGUUGAACUUGGAUGGCAAGACAAAGGAUAACUUGAAGGCACAUCAAGACUUAAAGGAUACAGGUAUAAGAAGUGAACUUCACUUGGAAAAGGUUGGGAAUGAUAAGACACGUAUGCCACAUGCCUGCUACCAUAUGAAUGCCAGUGAAAAGGAUGGUUUUCUACAAGUUUUGAAGGAUGUAAGAGUGCCAAAUGGAUAUUCUUCAAACAUCUCAUGUUGCGUUAAACUCAAAGAAUGCAAGAUUAGUGGGAUGAAGAGUUAUGAUAAUCACAUCUUAAUGCAACAACUUUUUCUGAUAGCAAUACGCGGAUCAUUACCCCCCGAAGUGAGUAGGCCUUUAAUUGGCUUAUCUUAUUUCUUUAGGGAGAUAUGUUCCAAAGUACUAAAUGUGGAUAAACUUGGGGCUCUUGAGAAGAGAAUUGCAGUGACAUUGUGUAAGUUGGAAAGGAUAUUCUCUCCCUCUUUCUUUACAAUAAUGGUACAUCUAGUCAUGCAUUUGUUUAGCAAAGCCAAAAUUGCUGGCCAAGUUCAUUAUUGUUGGAUGUAUCUCAUAGAGAGGUACUUGUCAAGACUUAAAUCUUAUGUGUAUAAUAAAACUUAUCCAGAAGGCUCCAUAACAGAAGGGUAUAUAGCAGAGAAAUGCUUAGCAUUCUGCUCACAUUAUUUUAAAUCUGUUGAAACUGCAUUCAAUCGGCCUGUAAGGAAUGUCAAGGAAUCCAUGGGUGCGGUGGUAAGCAUUACACUAGAUUCAAAUUCAUGGAUUCAAGCACAUCUUUAUGUGCUAUUCAAUUGUGAAGAAAUCACUCCAUUUCGCGAUGUACACAUAGCAGAGAUCAAGGUUGAUUUCCCUUUUCAUGUAACCGAUGAUGUUAUUCAAAAGCAGCAUAUGGAGAAAUUUUGCGCCUGA